AUGUAUGCAAUCCGAUUUUUGCCAAGAAUUUCGUGCUAUCAACGAUCUUUUGCUUUGUUUAAUUAUGCAAGACAACUACAUAAUGAGAGUGUCAGGAUUUUAAAUGCAAGAACAUAUAGCUCAGUAGCGGUAGAGGAUAGUUAUGUAAAGAAAUUCAUGAAUGCUGUGGGUUGGAUGGAUCAAUCUAGGACGCGACUCAAACUGACGGGAUAUUUUCUCUAUGAAUCUGUGCCAGACAAAGUGGCAUAUGAUGAAUGGUUUGAGAAGUUACAACUACCAGACACAUUUGCAUCAUGGUUUACAAUCACAGAACUCCAUGUAUGGUUACUCUUAGUAAGGUAUAUGGCUGAAGAUAUUACUUCCAUUAGCACAGACAAGAAAAAGUAUGUCAAAGGGGAUGGGCAUUUUGUGAGAAAUUGUAUAAUUGAAGCUUUAUGGGCAGAUGUUGCUAAUAGAAUUAAACUUCUAGAGGGUGCAAAUCCGGCGAUAGCCAGGAAACAAGUAUCAGAGCUAUCGGAGCAGUUUCAAGCCGCAUUGGUUGCAUAUGAUGAAGGUCUGAGUGAAGACAGAGUUAUGGCUUCAGCGGUCUGGAGGAGAUUCUAUGCAUUGUCGGACGAUGUUAAAGCUGAAAAUGUUGAAAGCAUUGUACAUUUUAUUCGGCAUCAGCUAUCAGAACUUGACAAGAUAUCGAGUAAAGAUUUAAAAUGGAAACCUAAUUUUACCUGGUUAAGUAUAAAUGAUCACUAA